GCCUGCACUCUAACCAGCCAAGAACCGCCACCAUGUCGGACCGGUCGGCAUUCGAUACAGACGUGUGGACCUUGACCCGUUUUAUCAUGGAGACGGGUCGCAAGGCGAAGGGGGCGACCGGCGAGCUGACCCAGCUCAUCAACUGCAUGCUGACCGCCAUCAAGGCCAUCUCCUCGGCCGUGCGCAAGGCGGGCCUGGCCCACUUACAGGGCUUGGCGGGCAGCGUCAACGUGACGGGGGACGACGUGAAGAAGCUGGACGUGCUGUCCAACGACCUGGUAAUCAACAUGCUGCAGGCUUCUUUUGGCACCUGCUGCAUGGUCUCUGAGGAGAACAAGGAGCUCAUCGUCACUCCUAAAGAGAAGAGGGGAAAGUAUGUUGUGUGUUUUGACCCUCUGGAUGGCUCCAGUAACAUCGACUGUUUGGCCUCCAUUGGCACCAUAUUUGCUAUUUACAAGAGGGUGUCGGAGGGCGAGCCCACAGAGAAGGACGCCCUGCAGCCGGGUGACAACAUAGUGUGUGCUGGCUAUGCCCUCUACGGCAGCGCCACCCUGGUGGCACUAAGCACCGGGGACGGCCUCCACUUUUUCAUGCUUGACCCGGCAAUCGGAGAGUUCAUCCUGACCGAGAAGAACGUCAGGAUCAAGCCCCGAGGAAAGAUCUACAGCUUGAACGAGGGCUACGCCAAGUACUUCCACGCCUCCGUCAACGACUACAUCCGGCACAAGAAGCACCCUGAGGACGGCAGCUCCCCGUACGGCGCUCGCUACGUGGGCUCCAUGGUGUCCGACGUCCACCGCACCAUCACUUACGGGGGCAUCUUCCUGUACCCGGCCAAUGAGAAGAGCCCGGAAGGAAAGCUGAGGCUGCUGUACGAGUGCAAUCCCAUCGCCUUCCUGGUGGAGCAGGCGGGAGGCCUGGCCUCCACGGGCACCCAGAGGGUCCUGGAGGUGCAACCACAGGCCAUCCAUCAGCGGGUGCCCUUCGUGGUGGGCUCCCCGGAUGACGUCAACGAGUACCUGUCCUUCGUCAGGAAGCACCAGUGACAGCUUGGAAUGACUUUUUUUUAAAUUUUUUUAAUCAAAUUGGCAACUGGUGAAAAAAAGCAUUUUGUCAACUUUGUGCAAUAACAAUUGUAUUUGAUCAAUUAAAAACAAAUAUUUGACAUCCAGCUCACUUUUGCAGAAAGAGGAAGUGAGAUAGUGAGGGUGUUUUUCACACUGGAAACAAAACUGUGACUUACAGAACGCGUCAUCAGGUUGUCACGUGAUCCAGCCUUCAUUCGCGUCAAUGAACA